AAAGCCGGCGACGCCGCGCGCGCAGCAGGUGAAAACACAGCCAGCGCCUUCCGACCGAUGCGCGACUCUCCGUGUGCGGGAUCAGGCGCGUCAGUCGGGCAUUACCGAUAAGGCAAAGUGAGGUGGAGAAGGCGUAAAGGGUCGCGUUAGAUGAUUGGCUUGGAGACCACUGCACUUUUUGUCCAUGUGGUUGCCUGGUUCUCCUAUGCAGACGCUUCGUUCCUUACGAGAGGCCCACGAACCAUCCGAGAUUAACACAGGUGUGAAAUUUCAAAUUAUUGCUAGUGGAUGCGAGUUAAGCAAUGGAAGUACACCAGUGAGUGCAGUCUGCGUAUUGGAAAUGAACUAGUGCAUUACAUAAAGUUUCAACGUGUGUGCCGUAACUGGGUAGAAAUGACAGGGAAAGUGAACACGCGCAGCCACCACGACCACAGCAGCUGGGCGAUGGCUCCACCGGACGAGGGAUUGGCAGCCGUCGACCUGACAGAGGACCAGGUGUGGGGCGCUCACAGCACAGACUCGACAGCGGCCCGAACGGAACUGACAUUCAGACAGCAGGCCGUUCCGACGAGAAGCGCCGCCCGCCGAGUGAAGAAGCCCGUCGGCUGCGGGGCCUUCUUCAGUUCCUGGGCGUCGCCUUCUCCCUCGACGAAGAAGCGGCCAGUCGCGAAGCCCCGGCGCAGAUCCGAGGCGGACAAGGAGGCGCUGCGCCAGCAGCUGAAGGCGCAGAUACAGGAGGAGUCGUCGUCGGAGGAGGAGGAGCUGGACGUCGACGAGGAGGCGCCCGCCGCAGCAGAAGUGCGCCGGCGCUCCGAGGCGGACGGCGAGUGGGGCCGCAGCCGCAGCAGGAGCCCCCUGCAGCUGGCCCACCGACACUCGGUGCCUCUGCCCGGCGCCGGCGAGCGCAGCCGGCGAGGCCAGUGGUGCGACGGCCGACAGCGCCGCGUGCUGCGACUCGUCGACGACCUGUUGCUCGAUAUAUAUCGACACCGCCGGUCCUCGGUCGACUCCGACAGCGGCAGCUCCGUACUCCCGCCGCGGCCCCACGUCGACUCGCGACUGCAUCUGCGCAGUGUGCCGCAGCUGCAGGCGCUGUCGGCGGAGCUGUGGUGCCACGUGUGUCGGCUGAACGCGGUGCUGGUGCGCCAGCUGCGGCGGCGCGACGCGCUGCGCGCCCGCGGCGAGCGACACUGCGCCGUGCUCACGGCCCUGCUGCAGGCGCAGUCGCAGAAGCGCAGCGAGGACUCGAGGAUGCGGUUCAGCGUGGCGCCGGCGCCCGGCGACAGCGGCUUCAGCCAAUGGCGCGACGCCAUGCGCAUGGUCGCGCGCCUGCCCGGCGGCAUCCCGCCAGACUUCCGCCGCAGGCUGUGGCUGACACUGGCCGAGCGGCACCUGGCGGCCCGCGGCGUGGACUGGGCGCGCGCCCACCGCCUCUGCUUCAACGAGUGGAGCAACCCGGACGACGAGGAACUGGGUGUCCAGAUCGUCAAGGACCUGCACCGCACCGGUUGUUCGCUGUUCUGCGGCGCAGAGGCGGAGCAGAACCAGGCGCUGCUGAAGCGGGUGCUGCUGGCCUACGCGCGCUGGAACAAGGCGGUGGGCUACUGCCAGGGCUUCAACAUGCUGGCCGCGCUCAUACUGCAGGUCAUGGACCGCUCCGAGGCUGACUCCGUCAAGGUGAUGAUCUUCCUGGUGGAGGGCGUGCUGCCGGAGAGCUACUUCGCCAACAACCUGCGCGGCCUGUCUGUGGACAUGGCCGUCUUCCGCGACCUGCUGAGCCGCCGCCUGCCCGCGCUCUCCCGCCACCUCGACCGCCUGCAGGUCGCCGCCAACGACGCCUCCUCAGGUACGAGCUACGAGCCGCCGCUGACGAACGUGUUCACGAUGCAGUGGUUCCUGACGCUCUUCUCCAACUGCCUGCCGCAGCCGGCCGUGCUGCGCGUCUGGGACCUCAUCUUCCUCGAAGGCAACGAGGUGCUCCUGCGGACGGCGCUCGCCAUCUGGGACGGACUCGCCGACCGCAUAUUGGCAGUCAACAGUGCUGAUGAAUUCUACAGUAUCAUGGGUGUUCUCACACGAGAGAUGUUGGAAUUUGGACUGAUGGAUACCAACAAUCUUGUUAAGACUGUAGUGAAUCUUGCGCCAUUUCCAUUCCCGGAGCUGAAUGAAUUGCGGGACAAGUACCUGUACAACAUAACACCUUGGACACAGAGUGUUUCCACAGCAGCUAAAAGAGGUCUAAAGAUAUUUUAUAGUGAUGAUGAUGAUGAAACAGAUGAGGAUGAUGAGAAGAUUGCAGUAGCUGCUGCGUAUGGCAUUUCAACUGUUUUCAGGUCACCAAGGAGAAAAGAUGGCACCCAACGUGAACAGACAUCUUCAAGUUUAUCAGCUCUGAACUAUUCAGGGACAGUGCCUGACAGAGAAAGACUUGCAUUAGAUAUAUCAGCACUGAAGCAGCAAUACGCCAAGUUACGUGAGCGACAGAGGCAGGCACACAUAAUACUUACAGCGGCGUGCACAAGACAACCACUGGGUCCCACCUCAUCAACUCCAGUUGCAAUGAAUCAUUUGCUCCUGGGAAAGAGUGCACUGAUGAGCAUGAAGGGCCGACGGGUUGGGCCACCACCAGGGGCCGUUCCACCUCCUGUCAACCUGAAAGCUACGCGGCCUGGCCCCAAACCACCUGUCAAAGAGAAGCCAACAAAACCGUCCAGUGAUCUCCUGUCACCUCUGUCACAACUUGCAAAGGAUGAAGGGGAAACAUUGCACUGGAAAGAUGCUGCAAGCUACAAGAAACAAAAAGCUGUUAACAUUACAUCCAGUUCUAUGGAUGAAAAGAGCCAUGACACUGAGGCAGAAGCUGACAUUCCUGAGGUGUCGAGAGAUCUGGAAGAUGACAAAGAAAGCGACAGCAGUUCAUCUACAGAACUGUGUGACGAACCUGAUAGGCUGAGUGACUUUGAUUCAGAGGAAGCAACCAGUCUCAGUGAAGCGUCAUCCUAUGUGUCUGGUCAUUCUCUUUCUGUGCCACUUCCAUGCAAAAAAGAUGGAUCAACGAGGAGCCCCAAGAAUAUACAGUCACCAUUGAGUGAGAAAGCCCCAUCCCCUAUCAGCGCACAGAAAAGUCUCAUAUCUCCUGUGGAAGAAGAAAUUGUGCCAGAAAUUCCAGAAGAGGUUGUAAGUGUAUUUCCAAUGGAGGAACUGAAAAUCCAAGCAGAACAGCAAGAGUUGGAGAAUGGUGGUGUGAUACACACAAAGACUGAGAGUCAGCUGACAGUAUCAACAGAAACUGGACACCUGCAGAGUGUACUUCCAGUUGCUACUGAUGGAGAUGACUUAAUGGUAAAGGUAACGGUGCAAGAUAGUGUUAAAAGUGAACAACCAGUCACCAUAAAUGGAAGCAACAAGUAUUUUCACAGUUUAGAGACUGUUACAUUUUUAGAAAGGAACUUAAUAAAUUCAGACAUAUUAAAAGUACCUGAGUCAACAAGUGAUAAAACAAUAAUUUCACAAGACAUCAAGGAAAACUUCCAAGAUACCUCCAAUGUUGAAAUCCUUCCAAGUAUCAUUCAGAUUUCACACAAGGCAUCUGAAAACCAAGAACUGGAUAUUUCAUCUUCAAGGAUGCAUAGUAUAAAGGAGUCAGAGCCAUAUGCGACGACAGACACAGGCGACAAUAUUUUUUCAUCUGUGAUAUUGGAAACAAAAAAGACUGAAAAUUUAAGUACAGACAUGGAACAAAUCUUUCCAGAAACUAGUACAGUUCCUUCUAUUGUUACUCAAUCCAUAGAGAAAGACAUUAUUUCUUCAAAAGAUACCUCAGCAAGUGAUUCUAAAUAUAUUCUUGAACCUAGUGAAAAAGAAAGAAGUGUUGAUUAUGAAGACAUGUCAGUCAUUCUGGAGUUCAAUCAGAGACUUCACGGGUUGCAUGACAAAGCAUUAAGCAAAGCUCCAGGGACUGAAGGUGAUAGCGAUUACCUGCAAAUGUCUGAACUUCUGGAGAUAGACCACAAGAUGCACUCAGGGCGUCGUAACAGUGAACGAGCAUUAAAAAUCAUACAAGAAAACUCUGAAAUUCUUCAGAGAAUACUGCAGUGUCAAAUGAGACGUGCAAGUAAGUUUUCAGAAGAAGGUUCAAAUGGUAAUGGUACAAAUGGUGUGUCAGAAGAUGACUCAGAUUCUGUGAAGGCACCAUCAGUGCCAUCAUCAACAAGUACUGAAAAUGUACCAUUUUUUCUAAGUGCCGAGUGUAAAAAACUCAGUGAAAGUAUACUGUCAAAAACUAUAGUGAAUGACUCAUUUCAGGAACAUCGUACCUUAACAGAUGAGCACAAAGUUCCAAUUCCUGUAACUGUUUCUGCAGUGUCUAAAACUGAAUCUCAACCUUUAGAUGUCAUGGCUAGUUUCCACAAUGAUAAACAAAGCCCAGUGCAUUUCAUCUCGUCUGUCCCAAUUAGUGCCUCUUACAGUUCUGACAGCACAGUUAAUCCAACUGCUCUUGAUGACAUAAAUUCCAAGAUUUUCUCACAAAAUACUGAGGCAACAACAUUUGACAAGGAAACAGGGAGAGAAAAAAGUUUUUCAUUUUCUUUCCCUUCUUCUAUACUUGUCUCUGAUGAAAUACCCACAUCUCAAAAAGAAGAUAAACCAUUCUACACUGGCGAGGGGAACAGUACCAUGUCUAUGAGUUUUCCUGACACAACUUCAAAACCAAGUGACAGUUCAACAGACUUCAAAGUAAAGUCAUCCAGUGUGGAGAGUGAAGAUCAUUCCAGUUUUUGGGGACUGUGGAACAUUUCCUCUACAAGUGAUGAGAGUUCCAUUAACAGCCAAAAACUAAUUAAAUCGUGUGCUUCACACAUGCUUAAAGAUGAUCAUUCAAGUUCAGAACGUAGUUUUAGACCUAUAAUUGUUCAUUCUUCAUCUCUCGAUAAAACAGGAUUUCGUGAUGAAAAGCUGCCUCGGCCUUUGUCAGAGGGUGAUUCCCAAGAUCCCCAUUACAGCAAUAUAGGUAGGAAAUAUGUUCCGACAAUAUCCGCAGUAGACUGCCCUGUUGAAGAGCCUACACAGGUGUCAACAUCUGAAGCUUUACCGAGAAAACACUUUGAACAGUUUUCAUAUACGCGAAGUUUUGCUGUGAAAGAAACCCCUGUAACAGCCUCAUUUAGUCCUAAAAGUUCAGUUCUAGAUCUGAAACAUCCUAUGCAAGCAUCGGAUGUGCACUCCAGUUUCUCGUCACAACAAGAAAGUAGAAGCAUGUCCAGCUGCAUCACUGAGAAACUUCAGCAACCUCUUGAAUCAACAGAAAGAAAACUUGCUUCCAUAGAGUCGGAGUUAGAAUUUCAGCCAGUAUUAACACAUUCACUGUCGGAAACCAGGGAAGAUGAAACUUCACACAGAAGUGGGAAAGAAAGUCGACCAUUGUCUCCUACUGUUACAGAGAUGCUAAAUCGAUCAUCGUCAUCAGGGUCACUACAAGGUAGUCGAUCGAAAAUUAAGAAAGAUUUUGUUUCACCACCUCCAUCCCCUUUCCGCAGGUACACAUCACCUGUUAGGAAAACUUCAAGUCUUGAGCGUCCAGUGUCUUUACAUUUCUCUAAGGGAAGUUCAUCUUUUGAUUCUUCUGAAGAUGGUAAAAUGAGAUACAAAACUUCACCUUUGUACAAAUCUUUCAGUAUGCUUUCUGUAAAUGAAGCAGGUGAAAUACAGCACACACAAUAUGACAGUGCACCAAGGCAUAGGAAAAAAGACCCCAUGAGAAGACGAACGUCAACAGAUCUAUCUAUUUCUUUUUCAUCUACUAAAAGUAAGUCCCCAAAAGCCACUUCUCCAGUAUUCUCCCCAUCCAAACUUAAGGAGACAGGUGUUUCUUUCCCUCCAAUUAAGUCCUUACACCAGGCUGACAGUCCUACAAAAUCAGCAAAGUUCAGCCCAUUUCCAACAAGAUCAGGUUCAUGGCAGCCAAAAGAGCUUGGAAUAAAACUGGGCCUAUACUCUUCAACUGAGUCAUCUGGAAGAUCCUCCAACAAGAAGUUGUAAAAUAAACCAUAACAGAAUAUGUCUAAAAUGCUGUGAUGACUGACUUAGAGCACUAGUAUUUUGCAUGCAUGACAGGAACAAUUUCAGCCCGGAUGGUAUGAGACAAGUAUGCACAUGCGAAGCUUUAGGAUAACUAGGUCUGGUGCUAACAGCCCAGUAGUGUGAGUGCAUGCAGUCUUGAAUGCAAACAAUAACUAGUAUUGUGUUCCACUGUGCUUUAACACAGACUAGAGCUGCUGAACUUAUUUUUAAAUAAUUUUAUAAAUCAUAGUUACAGCCCUGUUGUUGCUGACAUUGAUACAAUGCCUAGUUUAUAUAAAUAUGUAAAAGUUGUUGAAUUAUUUAGACUGGAAAAUAGGAGAAUAUUUGAGUAUCACUGUCAGGUUCCGUGCAGUGUGUGCCUUAUUUCUCAAAGAAAAACAUAAAUUUGGAUUCUACAAAUAAUUUUGCACGUAUCAGUAUGUAACUUAAACAGUUUUUGUUGAUUUCUAACCAAAUUCAUAAUGCAAUUUAUAAAUGACACACAGUAUGAAUAAGGCACAUGAUAUCCAUUUGCCUGGCAGUGGAAUUGCACUGAACUGAUUGAAAAGUUAUUUUUCAUUGAAAAGCUAAAAAAGUUACACUAUUUAACAGUUUUUCUCUACAAUACAUAACAAUAUAUAAAAAUCAUGUCUUAUUUCUGAUGUAUGUUAUAUGUAAAUGGACGUAAUUAUACAAAAAUUGUUAUUGCAUUGCAAAUAAAUUGUUUAUACUGUAAAGACACCCAUGCUCACAGUAAAGUUAACUUGGUAACCAGACUACCAAUAACAUAUUUUUCAUUUCGAUGUGAAUCAUCUUGGCACAGUUACAUAUGUGAUGUUAUCCAGGCAGUUCCAUCUUAUUAAAGCCAUAUGAAAAUUUGCAAUAUUUCUGAAUCAAUUUUUGUGAAUAUUUUAAUAUAAUUUAGUGCCCUGAGUAUUUAAAUAUACAUAUCCUGUGAAAAAAGUGUAUACAUAUAUAUUACUAUACCCCUGAUUUUAAGUUUAUUAGUGCCACAUUUGUAAUUUUGUCUAUAUUUUCUGUAAUAAAUAUGGUAAACAUACCCAAAA